UCCCGAUAUUGGGACAUAUAUCCUCCUGAAACGAGAAAGUAGGGCCCCCUAAAUGACUGGCAGCACCUCCCUAAAUCAAAACUGAAUAGGAGGAUGAAGGAGACGCUGCAUGAAAACUGACGUCGUGUUUUUAUGUCUGAUUUUACUCUCUCAGCUGGAUGAUCUGCUGUCGGCUUUAGACAAAACCCGAAAGGAGCUGGAUGUGGUGCGUCAGCGCCUGUCGGUGUCUCAGAGCUCUCUGUCGGAGCGGGACAAUGAGCUGAGCCGGACGCGAGUCGAGCACAGCAAACAGCUCUCCGAGAUCCUGCAGCUCAAAAACAUGGCAAACCCUGAGGACGUGAUGACCUUGAGGAGAGAGAAGGAGAGGUUCAUCAAUCACCAAAAACAGGUGCACAGCAGGAUGAAGCCGAUGGCAGAGCAUUACGAAGACGAACACAUUCAUGCGCAGUAUUCACAUCAUCCUCAACACAUGCAGGAGCGCGAGCUGAUCUCUCCACCACCAGAACAGGAUGAUGAAGACGGUAUCUGGGCCUGACAAACCAGAAACUGCUCCAACAGUGUUUGGAGCAUCCCAGAUGGAGGACUGGAGCUCCAGGAGAAGCUCUUUGAGUGCUUUAGUUCAGUGCAUUAAAAACUCUGGAAAGAACACAGUGGCGGAUCGGGGAAGGAGAAACCUGCCAUCUUCUGUGCCAUCAACAUUUACAUUUGUGCAUUCAGCAGAAACGACCUUUAACCUUUACAAAGAAGAAGCUAAGUCAAUUCAUAUAUUCUGAUCUUGUCCAGAAGUUCUGAAUUCUCCUUAUAUACUGUUUGUUCCGUGAUGGGCAAGAGACUAAGAGACUAAUAACAGUUUUUAUUCCUUUUCAUUUUACUAACGGCUCACUAAAACAUCUAGUAAAACUGAUCUGAGAUCAGGUAAAAACCAAUGAAACCUGUUCAUCGAUUCACCACUGGGGGGCGAUGUAAGUGAACCUGCACCUCAUUUAUUCAUUUUCCUUCAGCUUAGUCCCUUUAUUCAUCAGGGCAGAGUGAACAGUUGAGUGAACCGCCACUUAUCCAACAUAUGUUUUACACAGCGGAUGCCCUUCCACCUGCAACACAGUACUGGGAAACACCCAUACUCACUCAUUCACACACAUACACUACAGCCAAUUUAGUUAAUCAAUUCUCCUAUAGCGCAUGUGUUUGGACUGUGGAGGAAACCCACGCCAACAUGAGGAGAACAUGCAAACUCCACACAGAAACCACUGAGACCCACCCGCACAUCAAUAUAGCAUCAUUUUUGUGACACUGUACUACAAUAAUUAAUAUUUUACAUUAUUGUGAGGGGGUCGGGUUUAGGGUUGGGGUAGGGUUGAUGUUAAUAAAAUAUAAUUUGAUGGGUAUUUAUUAAAUAAUAUGAAUAAUACUUGGUAUAAUAACUGUGUUUACAUUAACUGCGAUGGUCGGGUUUAGGGUUGGGGUAGAUGGUUAUAAAAUACAAUUAAUGGAUAAUUUAAUAAAUUAUAUAAAACUUCUGGGUGUGAGACAGUGACUCAGUGGUUAGCACUGUGGCCUCACAGCAAUAAGGUCGCUAGUUCGAGCCCCAGCUUGGGUCAGUUGGUGUUUCUGUGUGGAGUUCGCAUGUUCUCCCCAUGUUGGCGUGGGUUUCCUCCGGGUGCUCCGCUUUCACCCAAACACGGCUA